UAUGGAUGGCGAACAACCAGGCAGGACUGGCAGCAAGCCCUUAAGGCCAGGAGACUCUUCUGAUACCAGGCUGCUUUCAAAUCCACUGAUGGGGGAUUUUGUGUCUGAUUGGUCUCCAGUGCAUGAAGCUGCAAUUCAUGGGCGUCUGCUCACUUUGAGGAAUCUCAUCAGCCAGGGGUGGACUGUGAAUGUCAUCACAGCAGAUCAUGUGUCCCCACUCCAUGAAGCCUGUCUUGGAGGUCAUCCCUCUUGUGCAAACGUUUUAUUAAAGCAUGGAGCUCAGGUGAAUGGCGUUACCACAGACUGGCACACUCCCUUAUUUAAUGCUUGUGUCAGUGGCAGCCAGGACUGUGUGAAUUUGCUUCUGCAGCAUGGAGCCAGCCCCCACCCUGCGAGUGAUCUGGCAUCUCCCAUCCAUGAAGCUGCUAAGAGAGGCCAUGUGGAGUGCAUCCAGUCCCUUGCAGCUCACGGGGGUGACGUUGACCAUCACAUCAGCCACCUGGGUACUCCACUCUAUUUGGCUUGUGAAAACCAGCAGAUAGCCUGUGCCAAGAAACUUCUUGAAUCAGGAGCAAGCGUGAACCGAGGCCGAGGUCUGGACUCUCCUCUUCAUGCAGUGGCAAGGGCAUCCAGUGGGGAGCUGGCCCGCCUGCUCAUGGACUUUGGAGCAGACACCCAGGCCAAGAAUGCUGAAGGCAAACGUCCCUUGGAGCUGGUGCCUCCAGAGAACCCUCUGAUCCAGCUCUUUUUGCAGAGAGAAGGGCCCGCUUCUUUGAUGCAGUUAUGUCGCCUUAGAAUCCGGAAGUGCUUUGGGAUCCAGCAGCAUCAUAAGAUCACUGGACUCCUCCUCCCCGAGGAGCUGAAACGGUUUCUCCUACAUAUUUAAAUG